CGCAAGGAAAUGGACAGGAAGCGCCAGUGCGGGGAAUACCCGUUUCCCUCAAAACCGUAUAUAAAAACCUCCAUCCUGCACCGCAGGGAAAUUCACUCUCCCUAAGGUUCCCAACAACUAUUACUACUUGCCAUUUCACCAACUUUUCAAACUCAAACCCUACGCCAGACUUCCCCCAAUCCCGUUUAGAUGCAGAAAUCCAAAGGUUCCGUGGCUCCGGUCAAAGCAGCUCCCAGUUCUGGGCCCCCCAUUCCCGCUCGAACCCUCCGAAUCCCCAAUAUCCCACCGUCUGUCACCGAGCAGGAUUUCAGGAAGUAUUUGGGAGGAAUACUUGGAUACCCCGACUUCAUGCUCUCGUAUGUCCCCGAUGAGACCAACAUAACAGCCACUAUUACUCCCACCAAGGGAGAACCCGCAAGCCUUGCAAGAUGCAUUCCGGGAAAAGAGAUCGACCUGCCCUACCCCGGUACCAAGCACGGCCUAUUGGUUGACUGUGACUUUUUCGGACUGACGCCGCUAUACACUGCCAAGGAGCCCACGGUAGACAUCGUCGUCGUCACGGGCCUUGCUGGCAACGCAUAUGGGUCUUGGGGAUCACGCAGCCCACCCCAGAUGUGGGUACGGGACUUUUUGCCAUCGGAUCUACGAGAGCGAGGGUGCCAGGUUAGGAUUCUCACCUUUGGCUACGACACUGCUUUCCGUGAUAAGACCAUCACCCCCACCGUCCAGAUCUUUGGGAGAUGGCUUAUGGAAAGUCUUAGCCGUCUACGCCCGGAAGGAAAUGCAUCAUCACGCCGUCCGAUAAUCUUCAUGGGCCACAGCCUCGGUGGGUUGGUUAUCAAACACGCACUCGCGGAUGCAUCUCGGCCAGAAAGUCUCAAGAGCGAAAAGGCUAUCUUGAGCUCGAGUGUUGGUCUCUUUUUCUUCGGAGUACCUAACCAAGGACUGGAUGUUCAAAAUUUCAGGACUUUGGUAGAGGACCAGAAGAACGCAAGAUUCAUCGAGAGCCUGGCAACAGGCUCAGAAUCCUUAAGGGUUAUCCAUGACUCUUUCGUUCGAGGGGUUAACGUUGAGCUCAAGGGUUGUCAGAUCUUCUCGUUCUACGAAAAAAAAGACACUCAAGCCGUGGUCAUCAAACCGGAUGGAACUUGGUCGCGAACGGGAAACAUGAUACGACUCGUCACGCCGGAGUCGGCAACCGUCGCGUUUCCCAGCGCGCAAAUGCAGCCGCAAAUAGGAAUCGAUGCCGACCAUUCGAACAUGGUAAAAUUCGCCGGAAAAAACGACCCAUCCUACCAAAUCGUACUGGCGAAAACAGUGGAUUGUGUCAAGAACGCCCAAAAGAUAGUCGAUGCACGCAAGCGUCAUGCAUAAGGAAGGGAACCAUGACGGUGGAUUGACUAGUAAUUGGUGAACGUGGAAUGAGGGAGAGCGAGCUGAGCAGACCGGGAUUAUGAGGUUAUGGGGUUAUGAGGUUAUGGGGUUGUGGGGCUGUGGGGUGAUGGGUGACAGGUGAUGUAGUGGCGAGGAUGCGAAAAAGGCGGAUUUUUGGAAUACUGGACACAGAAUGUACGUAGGGAUGAGUAGGAGUAGGUAGUGGUCCGGGCAGCAGGAGGUCGAAGGCGAGCGAGGAAUGAGAAGCACAAUAUUUCCGUC